AUGGGUCCGCGAGAUAAUGCCCCUACUGUCUCCCACCGACGUCGCCCGUCCCUAUCGUUCAAACCCCGACCGCGGGUCGCGACCGUCUCAGCGGUGUCUACCACAUCGACCUCGGCAUUGGGACAUGACUCGUGGAAUGACUUGUCCCUUGUGGACUCGGGAGAUGCUAUGGCAGAUGCCGUUUUGGAAGAUGUGAACCACUUCCCCGAGCCGGCCCAUCGGCGUCGCGGGGCAAAGAGCUUCUCGAGUCUCCGCCACCCGGUGGAUGGACUGCGUGCGCUUGGCCGCCGUCUGUCAGUCACGAUCCGCGACAAGUCAUCGCGCACGCUCACUCAUGCCGAUCAUAAUGGGACUAUCCACGAUGGCCAGGAACAUAACUUCGAUCGCCGCAACAGUGUUGAAGGCUUCUCGAUCCCGCUUCCAAUUCCCGGCAACGGAAUCGAGCCUCCAGUCCUGCCCGACCAUAUCCACUCUGGUGCUGCCGCUCGCGCUGCUGCUGCGGCUCAGAAUGAAAUGGUACGCAGGGUGGAGCAUAUGAAGCUGACUCCAGACUCGGAGAGUGGCAUUGGCAUCAUCCUACAGGAUCGUGCUGAUUUUUCGGACUUCGAAUCGGACCUCGUUCGUCGUGACCCCUUGGCGUUCUUUCCCACGGAAAUCAUGUCUCAGGUUCUUUCAUAUCUCGACCCUGAGUCUUUGAUGAGUAGUGGAUUGGUUUCGCGUGCUUGGAGUGAGCAGGCCUCCUCCCAACAUAUUUGGCGUCAUGCGUUCCGCACUUGCUACGGUACACGCCGCCCUGCAGGUGCUGGAGCUAGGAAAGCCCCCUCUGCUGGACUCAGCAAGGAUACAUUUACUCAGGAUUGGAAGAAGCUUUACCUCGUCCGCCGUACCUUGGAGAAUCGGUGGAAGGAGGGCAAAGCCGCAGCAAUCUACCUUCAGGGGCACACAGACAGCGUCUAUUGUGUCCAAUUCGAUGAGGACAAGAUCAUUACUGGCUCCCGCGAUCAGACAAUCCGCGUCUGGGACGCUCAUUACCCAUGGCCGUGCCGUAAGGUUAUUGGGCCACCCCCUGCAAACGUCUCCCACACCGGUCCGGUUCAGGAUCUGGAGCAGCAGGCGUCGGGCAAGUCGCCCUUUCUUACCAUUCGCCCUCCUCCGACUCCUGUCGCUGAGAUCUGGGAUCCGCAGCAGGAACCAGCAGAGUACCACAGUGCAUCUGUUUUGUGCCUCGAGUUUGACGAUGAAAUCAUGGUUACCGGGUCUUCUGACCAUUCCUGCAUUGUCUGGGAUGUCAAGAACGAUUACCUACCAAUUUGUCGCCUCGAGGGGCAUACAGCUGGUGUUCUGGACGUCUGCUUUGAUGAUCGCUAUAUCGUCUCUUGUUCCAAGGACCACACAAUUUGUGUUUGGAAUAGACACACCGGUGCUCUGGUGAAGAGGCUGCUCGGCCACCGUGGACCAGUCAAUGCUGUCCAGCUCCGUGGCGAUCUGAUAGUGUCUGCGAGCGGAGACGGCGUCGCCAAGUUGUGGAACAUUGCGUCUGGUCUCUGUGUCAAGGAGUUUGCCAGCAAGGAUAGGGGACUUGCGUGUGUUGAAUUCAGCGACGAUGCACGGACUGUUCUCACCGGUGGAAACGACCAGGCGAUCUAUCAGUUCGAUGCCAAUACCGGCCAACUGGUUAAAGAGAUCGAAGGUCACACCGGGUUGGUUCGGUCCCUGCAUCUUGAUAGCAUGAAUCAGCGGAUUGUCAGUGGGAGCUACGAUACGAGCGUCAAGGUCUUUGACGCUCAGACCGGAGAGCUCACGAUUGAUUUCCCCGGCUGGACUACCAGCUGGAUGUUGAGUGUGAAAUCGGAUUAUAGACGGAUUCUUGCUACAAGCCAGGACUCCCGUGCGGUUAUUAUGGACUUUGGCUAUGGCAUAGACGGCAUAGAUUUAUUGGAAGAGUAG